AUCCAUGCACACAGUAGUAAACUUGCGUAAAAUUAUUUAAGCAUACUCGGAUCGCCCAUAUAAUUCCUCUAACCUUAUAUUACUAUACACUAGCAUCAUAAAUAAAUGGAAAGUCAGUUUGGUAGUUUCAAGUUGCUUAUUCAGGCUAAUGUUCUGUUUGGAAAUAAAAUUGAUAAAAUAGUGAGUCUCGAUAAGUGUUAGUGGGUAAAACAUACUUAAAAGUUAUUGACAGUAGUGAACUAAUGGUAGUUAAAAUAUGUACAUAGAUGCACUUGUACCUGAGGUCCUGUAGAGACUCAUUGUCCUUUUCGGUGAGCGCUGAAAUGGAGUGUUGCCAGGAUACCACGAGACUUCAUUCAUUCUCCAUCACCUCCUUGUUCCUGUCCUAAAUAAUACUUCAGAAUUCCCAUUCUUUGUGUAUUCGUUACUCGGGUGUAGAGAGAUGUUGUCGUCAUUCAUCCUGUCAAUCUAACGUCUGAAGCGGGCAAAUAAGAAAUAGAAUUUUAGUUUCUUAUUGCAUUGUCUGAAGACAUGAAUGGGCAUGUUCUCGUGUGGAGUGCCGAAAACCUCUCCGGUAUCGCUGGGGUUAAAAAAAAAAAAAAAAAGUGCCGCCUCCACCGCUUCCGACCCCUCACCAAAUCUUUUUAUUUCCCGUCUUUUGUCAGUUCUACUUUUUUGGUGCAGACUUUUCAAGUCCUAAUUUUUUAGCAUGACUCUUUAGUUCAUAAGAUAUGAUGCCACGCAACAGGCAAGCAUGCUGAUUCAAACUCUGUAAAAUUACUGGAAUUUCAUCAUCAUAUUAGUUUGGACAGGUUGCGGAAAGAAAUGGCUGUGGCUUCCUUACACUUUAUUUAGAUGCUUUUAUCCAAAGUAACUUACAUAGAGAGGAAUUAUUUCAAAAUGCAGCCAAAAACAAUCAUUGUGUACAAUGGCAGGUUUAUUAGAAAGCUACAUUUGGAGAAGAGCUGUAGAUUCUGUAAUUUGUCUGCAUGUUUGUGAAUAAGUUUAUUACACACUCUUGUGUACAGAAUGUAGAAAGAGGUGUUGCUCUAAGAUGGCUGCUUGGUACAAAAUAAGAUGACUGCAUUAGAUGUCAAAGAAACUUUCACCUAGAGUACACUCCCAUUUACAUUAGUCAUACGUCUGUCAGACUUUGUGUUUAGGUGUUUAGCAUUUAUUAAAUCUGACAGUACUCAUAUUCGAUUUAAUCUGUGAAAUCUCUUCAUUAAUUCUAUUUUUUGCUUUUGGCCAUAAUUUUCUUUUUUCUAAGCAGCAGUGUUUUAUCAGUAAGCUGUAAUGUGGAGUUUGAACAUGUCUGAACUUGUCCUCAUAGAGCAGUGGGGGGAGGGGAGUAUCAGUUUUACAGCAACUGCUGUCUGCAAGACUCAGAGCUGGGACGCUUGGCAUCCAACAAUUUUCAGUCUAACCAUUGGAGGAAGAAGUGCGUCCUGUAAAAUCGUUUUAGAGAAGAGUAGAAUUUUAGGCUGUUAUAGUGAAAAGGUAGUCAAGCUGGUGUGUAUCAGAUCCUGUGAGAAACUACAUGUCUGCAAGUGAUCUAGAUGUACUCCACUGAUCUGAAUAAGCUAUUUUGCCAAUUGGCGAAAACUUGUCCAGUUCAGAUGCUGGUGGACGUUCCCCCUCCCCAGGCCUCGGUGAUCAGAGCCACAUCCAUUUAUAAGAAAUCUGAACACGUGGCUGAUGUGGUCCGUCGAUGUCCCCACCAUGAGAGAACCCCAGAUGGUGAUGGAUUGGCUCCUCCUGCUCACCUGAUGCGAGUGGAAGGAAACUCGCGUGCUAUUUACAAGGAGGAUGAUGUGACAUCAAGGCACAGUGUGGUGGUUCCCUACGAAGCCCCUCAAGUGGGAGCGGAGUAUACCACAGUGUUAUACAACUUUAUGUGCAACAGCAGUUGCAUGGGUGGGAUGAAUCGCCGGCCCAUCCUCACCAUCAUCACUCUGGAGACUCACGACGGUAAGUUAUUGGGCCGUGGGUCUUUCGAGGUACGUGUGUGUGCGUGCCCAGGCCGAGACAGAAAAACUGAGGAGAGCAACUUCAGGAAAGACCAGGAGACCAAAACCUUGGGCAAGACCCCUUCUGCUAAUAAACGUAGUUUGACGAAAGAGUCGACUUCAUCUUUGUCUCGACCUGAGGGCAGUAAAAAGGCCAAACUGAGCACAAGCAGCGAUGAAGAGAUUUAUACCCUGCAGGUGAGGGGCAAAGAAAGAUUUGAAAUGUUAAAGAAGAUUAAUGACAGCUUAGAAUUGAGCGAUGCGAUGCCUCCAUCAGAAGUGGACAGAUACCGGCAGAAAAUACUCUCCAAAGGCAAGAAGGAGAAGGAAGGCCAGACACCUGAGCCCAAAAGAGGGAAAAAACUAAUGGUUAAAGAUGAAAAAAGUGACUCUGAUUAGGAUGGCGGGAUGCUUGAAUGCCUUUCUUUUGCUUUUGUUUGACCAAAACUGUUUGUCAUAGGGAGCAUUUGGUGAAUUGCAGAUCCAUGAUUCCUCAGUCCUGUAUGUCAUGUUAUCUUGUUCACUCCUCUGGGACCUUUGUAAGUCAGCUGAUUAAGAAGUGGUCUGUAUGAAUGAAGAUAGUAUUGGCCGUAGUUCUCUAUCAGCACUGGAGGAGCAGUGCUGGCCCAUCAUUUUGCAGACCCAACAGCAAUGAGGUUGAACUAUGUGUGGGGUCAUUCCUGUUGUAGGGCAGUGCAGGUCACUUUCCUCCCAGCAUGUAGUGGUAAGGUUGUAGAAUUGUAUUGUCACUGACUUAUUGGAUGACCACUUUGCUGAAAAUGUAUUAAUGCCAGUAUUUUGUAUCCAGAUUUUUUUCUUUCUUUUUUUUAGAGAGAGGACUAUUACUGAUUAGAUGAUUAAAAAAAAAAUCAUAAAUGGUUGCAAGCCAAAUUACUGUAAUAAAAAUAAUUACAUUUUGUUUUGGAAAUCCUUUUUAAUUAGGUUGAUUUCCGUUUAUAACUAAAUUAAAUCAGCAAGAACUCAGGGCAUGUCCCUCCUGGUAAUCUUGAUAAUCCUAUUCUACUGUUUCAACUUGAUGUAUAUUUUUAUGCUGUUUUUUUUUUUUCUAUCUUUACUGUAUACACAUCUU